AUGGCCCUGGGGCUCUCAAUGUGGGCCAGGCGCGCCGGCGCACUCAGAUUGAAUUAUAUUCCGAAGCUCUCUUUCUCCGCCAGCACAGCCAAAGUGGAAAAUUUGUACAAAGUGCUCCGGCUUUCCCCAGAGGCCACUCAAAGGGAAAUAAAGGAGGCAUUCUACUCCCUCUCGAAGUUAUACCACCCCGACAGAAGUUCAAGCAGUGAAGCAAGCACGAAAUUUAAAGAAAUUUCCGGCGCAUACGAAAUUCUUGGUGAUCCAGCUAAGCGUAUGGACUAUGAUCGCGGGUUAGUCAUCCCGAAACACAGGAGUGAGAUGUCAUCAGGCCUCGACCCCGAUAUAUUGCGUAAAUCCAGCGAUAUUUCUUUCACUUCACAAUACGCUCGCUCCUAUAAUAAACAUCUUAAUGAUAUCUGGCGCGAGCGUGCAGACAUUUCGCUAAGCAAAAGUGCCUUUGACUACCGACUGGAUCAAAGGAGCUUCGUCGUCGUUUUCUAUAUCACCACGUUUGGAGCUAUCCUUGGAGCUUACUUCUUGACAAAGUACUACGAGGAACCGAUCCCAUUAAUAAAAAAUAACGAGAUUAGCUCGUGA